GCAGGAGUAGCAGGAGCAUAGGCUCCAGUUAUGUUUCAUCUCAGGGAAGAUAGCUCUCCCAUGGCUCGCUCUCUCUCUCUCGACUCUUUCUCUCUCGUGUACCGCUUCUUGCUGCUUCCCUCCCCAAGAGUUCAUUUUUAUUCCCCUCCUUCGUUUUUCUAGACAAGGAAAUCCAGUCUUGCGUCAGUGUGCAAUAACUGCAGUAUUUUCCCUCCUGGGACUUUUGAAGAUGGCUUUUAUUGACUGAAAUGACAAGCUUUAUUUGGUUUUGACAUGAGGAGAGAGAGGGAGCGAAUGGCCAUUUGUGUCACCCUCUGAAUAUUUGCUGCAGCUGCUGGUGAGCUGCUCGCCAAGAACCCUCUGAAUAUGUGGUCCUUCUGAGCAAAAAGGGGAGGCAGCGAAUGGAAUUUCUUACAAUGAUUCUGCUUUUGACAAUACUGAAAAUCCAUCUUCCGCGCAGGAUCCAGUUCAUGUGAAGGAUUGUCCUUUUUUGGGGCUGAGGAAUUUCGGAAUUGUUUUCGCUUCCAAAGUGGAGGCUCACAAAGCAUACUUAAAUGCUGGAUCCAUAUGUUAACAACCACUUUUGGCUGUAAAAAUGCUGAGCGGUGUCCUCUUACUGAGCGUCCUCACGGUCACCAGCCUGUCGCCAUCUGAGACGGAGAGCCGCAAAACUUCAGCCUCCAAAGAUAUCUGCAGGAUCGGCUGCGCUUGUGAGGAGAGAGAGAACAUUUUGAAUAUUAACUGUGAGAAUAAGGGAUUUACUACUGUCAGCCAGUUCCAGGCACCCCCAAAUAAGAUCUCUCAGCUUUUUCUAAAUGGGAACUUCCUGUCUCGUAUCAGUGCAAAUGAGUUUGUCAAUUAUGGCAAUGUCACCUCUCUGCAUCUGGGGAAUAACGGAUUACAGGAGAUCAGAAAGAACGCUUUUCAGGGGCUGCGCUCCUUGAAAAGGCUGCACUUGAACAACAACAACCUGGAGGGGAUAAAGGACGACACAUUUGCGGGACUUGAGAGUAUGGAGUAUUUACAGGCAGAUUAUAAUUAUAUCAGCACCAUUGAACCGGGUGCUUUCAGUAAACUGAACAAGCUUAAAGUGUUGAUCCUCAAUGACAACCUCCUGCUAUCUUUGCCUCCAAACAUUUUCCGCUUUGUGCUCCUUACCCAUUUGGAUUUACGUGGUAACAGGCUCAAGACUUUGCCCUUUGCUGGGGUACUAGAGCACAUUGGUGGAAUCAUGGAGAUCCAGCUGGAGGAAAACCCAUGGAAUUGUACUUGCGAUUUGAUACCAUUAAAGUCCUGGUUAGACACCAUUUCGGUGUUUGUCGGGGACAUCGUGUGUGAGACGCCGUUCAGGCUCCACGGGAAAGACAUCGGCCAACUUAUAAAACAGGACUUGUGUCCCCGCAGAAAUGCUGGUGAGCGUGCUCACCCUGCACCUGACUCUCACUUUCAAGGGGCAAUGCCCGCAACCUACCUUCCCGGCAUGGUAUCCCCCACCCGCAUCCCUAAAGCCUCACGGCCACCUAAAAUGCGAUACAGGCCCACCCCUCGCAUCGGAAAGGACAAACAUGUCUUUGGGCCUAUAAUGGUUUACCAGACACGCUCCCCUGUGCCUAUUUUGUGUCCUGGUGUGUGUGUGUGCACAUCACAAAAUCCAGACAGUGGACUUAACAUCAACUGUCAAGAGCGGAAGUUGCAGAACAUAAGUGAGUUGAACCCUAAGCCCUCCUACCCAAAGAAACUGCACCUGACCGGUAACUACCUUCAAGUGAUAUACAGAACUGAUCUAACGGAGUACAGUCUUCUGGAGCUGCUACAUUUAGGAAAUAACAGGAUUGGAGUCAUUCAGGAAGGCGCAUUUGAGAAUCUGACCAAUCUGAGGCGUCUCUAUCUGAAUGGGAAUUACAUCGAGUCACUUUCACAAUCACUUUUUGCUGGCCUGCAGUCCCUCCAGUAUCUCUAUUUGGAAUAUAAUGUCAUCAAAGACAUUUUACCUCAGACAUUCAAUGCUUUGCAUAACCUUCAGCUGCUUUUCCUCAACAAUAACCUGCUAAGAUCACUGCCUGACAAUGUUUUCGGGGGUACCAUGUUAACAAGACUCAAUUUACGGAAUAAUCAUUUCUCCUAUCUCCCCGUUAAGGGUGUGCUUGACCAGUUAUCUGCGUUCAUUCAGAUUGACCUCCAAGAAAACCCCUGGGACUGCACCUGUCAUAUUGUAGCACUCAAAAACUGGAUGGAACUGUCCAGUACCAGUGUAGUGGUUAAUGAAAUCACUUGUGACUCACCCUCUAAGCAUGCUGGCCGCCUGCUGCGCUCACUGCGCAAUGAGGCCAUCUGUCCCGAGCCAAGUGAAGAGCCCCCGCCUCAAUAUGCCCCCCCUACCAAAGCCCCUACAUUAGUGAGUCCUAGCACUGAGUCACCAACACCCUCUUUCUCCUCUUUUUUCAGCUCAGUCAGCCCCACUGAAUCACGAAUCGAAGCCCCAGAGUUACAUCCAGAAGUCCCGCUUUCAGUUCUAAUUCUUGGACUUCUCAUUGUUUUCAUUUUGUCUGUCUGUUUCGGUGCAGGGCUCUUUGUUUUUGUUCUUAAACGACGCAAGGGGGUGGAACAUGUCCCGACAGGCUCUAACAACAUAGAUCUUCACUCGUUCCAAGUGCAGUACGGCUCCUACAAUCCUGAACCGACUCAAGAUAAACAUUCUGAAAGUCAUGUAUAUAAUUACAUCCCCCCACCUGUGGGUUCCAUGUGCCAGAAUCCAAUUUACAUACAAAAAGGUGGCGAGCAGGUGGCAUAUUAUCGAAACCUCAAGGAGUUAAGCUUGGGGCCGCUGAAUGCAAAGAAGGAUGAUAUUCUCACACGUAGCCCGGGAGCUUAUACCAUUAGUGCAGUGGAUUUAAUGGAUAAAUCGCCAACAUUGCCUCCUGAGAUGUUAUAUCAAAAUGUAGGGGAGAGGCCAAACAAGGAGCUCCCGACAGCUGCUGGCCCCUCUCCUUUCAGUUACAAUUUUUGCACUUUACCCAAGAGACCUUGCAUCGUGCCCCCGUACGAGGCUGCCACGGCCCCACGACAAGUCACCAACCAGGACAGGUUGAACAAAACCGCGCUGUAUGGAACCCCCAGGAAAUGUUUUGGGGUGGAGCCCAAAAGCAGUGAGCACCAAUUUCUUCUCCAUGGCAAGCUAAAAACAGAACCAGACUAUUUGGAAGUACUGGAGAAACAGACUGCUAUGAGCCAGCUGUAAGAUACCGAUGAUCUAUUAUUCUUGCAAUCCCGACCCCUAUAUGCUCCCAAGGUCCUUUGCAGCAUUCAUGAUGAUUACAAAGUGUCAAUCAGUAACUGUUAUAAUAGCCACAGUAUCUUAUCUCUGCGGUGAAGCUCAGAUGAAUGACAGAGAACAAACCUUUAUAGUCUCUUACAUGUCUUUUAUUUUCUUUUGAAUAUGUAUAAAGACUAUACAAAGUAUAUUAUAAUGCAGGUUUACCCCCCCCCCCCGAAAGUAUAAAUUAUUACAACUGCUUCCCAAAAGAAAAUCCUGCAAGACUCGAAUGAUGGCAAGACUGUGUAGAAAUAUAGAAUUGCGUGUUUCUUUUAUAAAACGAAAUUUUAUUUUUCAUGAGAUAACGAGAUGAGAUGAAGCUGGAAAAGAAAAAAAAAAAAAAACGAUGUGUCUUUGCAGACUGGGGAAAAGAAACAGAAUGACAUUCCUGUAUAUACAUAGACUGCACAUAUUAAUGGUGAGUCGAGAAAAUAAUCAAAAAUAACCUCCUGAAAUGUAUUGAGCAAACUCUCACUGCAUUUACUCCAUGAAGUGCCUUUGCACUCAUUUGUUUUGUUAUUGAUGCUCUCUACAGAUUGAUUUUAUCUGGAAAAUGUAUUUUAAUGACUCAAAUCUUUAUGUAAAUUUGAAAAAAAUAUAUUUGUCAGUUAAGAAAAAAAAAGUGAAGAUAAAUGUACUUGAAAAUGGGUGUGACAUCUCUAUAACUUUUGACGGGGACAAAUGAAUUUUGAUUCAGUAUGAUCUUUGGCAAUGUACAACUUUUCAACAAACAUUGUAUGCUAUAAGGAGCAAUACAAAGUACAGUUGUGACAUUAAAUUUUCACUGGCGCACUUUGUAGAGACCCUGAGCUUGAGGUGCAUUUUGUUUAGACUGUGCAUGAUUAUUUUUGUAUGCGGCACGUGCUGUGACUUGCACUAAUGAGCGUGUUUGUGAAGAUGUUUGUGUGUGUGAGUGUGGUGGGCGGGAGAGAAAGUGAAAAUAGAGCUUGCUUGCAGCGCAUGCUUCUCUCCAGUGAAAUUAAAUGACACUUUCUUCUUAGUUCAAUCAAUUUCCCCCCUUUUAAGCCUUAUUCAAUGUUUUGGGGAACUAAGUGUAUCAUAUAUCAAAGAUAGAAUAUAUUUGAUAAGAUUAAUAGCUACUGAAAGUGCAAAAAUCCUAUUUAUGCAAUUUUACCCGGGAGCCAUUUUUCUCUUAGGCUGAGAAGUAAAUUAACAUUGGGUGAGGACUAAAAUGCAGCACAAAGAUAUCUUACUUCGGAAUCUGUCAUAAAAUAUGUUCUCCACAUGAGGGUGUUAAAAUAUUACUUUGUGCAAGUGUGAAAAUCAUCCCGAUGUGAUUGAUUUUAAGCUUGCUGUCGUCUAAUGUGACAUGGAUUAACCAUCUCCCUGCAUGUGCUCUUCUUACUCUGUCAAUGGCCUUCAAAUCUAAUCCCACCCCUGAUGUUUUCCACCACAAACUCACCCCCCCGUCCAUCUCCUGUGUCUUUUGUCCUCGCAUUUUUAAUUCUCCCUGUUGGAUCUUUGCUGUCCAUUGUGCAUCUGUCCAAGGUGCUGCGAUGUUGUGCAACAGGGCCACACACCAAUCUGACGCCUGAGCCAAAUUCAAACCCUAUGGUUGUCAGGCGAAUAAGGGUUCAUGUCUUAGAGGAUUCAGGUAGCAUAAAAAAUGUCAUGAUUUGGGUCUUAAGGUGUGCAUAAGAGUCUCUGAUGCAAAUAUUGGCCGAAAAUAACUCUGGCUAAGCAUUGGGGAACUGUGAGAGAGAAUGCUCAUAUAACCAAGUUGAUGUUCUGAGAUUAAGUCCUUUUGUUGUUGUUGUUACAUGCUACAAUAAUAUUGCACACAGAGGAAUCAGUGGUGCCCUAACGUGCUUUGCUGUCAUUGUUAUUUAAUCAUUUUGAUAUUUUUGGAAUACCGGCUAAAUUGCUAUUUUUAGACUCCACUUAUCUUAGUUUUCUACUGUUGGCCAGUUUUAGUUAUGACAGUGUUGAAGAGUCAAUGCAGACGGCAGGAGUGCUGUGUUGCUUACCGAUUAUUAUGGAAACACUUAUUUCGUUCAGAACCCCUAUCAACAAAAAAAGAUGUGAUAUACAAGAUCACAUAAGAUUGUUCAUUUUCAAUCAAAAUAUCACAUAGGAAUUUCACAUUCAGGUCAAUUUUAUAAACGAUGGCCACAUGUAUUUGUUUUUUUCUUAUUAAUAUACUUUUCUUUUUUUCAUGUGAUUGUAUCUUCUCAUUAUAUCAGUAGUGCUCACCCCACAUAGGUGUGUGAGACCCUCCUUGUAAGAAUUGAAAUACACUACAGUAAAUGGCGGAGAGAAAUAAAGUGGGGAAAUCAUGUUUAAAAGUAAACCCAGAAGAAAAGCAUCAACUGAACAAGACACUAAUGUAAUUUUUUGAUUCAGCGCUGGGAAAUUGUCCAACAUCAGUUGAAAAGACAGUUAUAAUGACAAAAAGAAAUGUGUUAUAAAUCUAGUAUUCUCUGGAGUGAAGUAUGAAUACAUAUAACAUGCUUUAAUUUGAUUACAAAUAUAUUUUACAGAAUGGCUAAAUUUAAAAUUGUCCUAUAUGCAUGUGUGAUACAUCAUUGGAAAGCUUAAAAUCUCAAUUUUCUGGGGGAUAAAAUUUUGAACAGAGGGGUAUUUAAAAAAAAAAAAAAUAAUAAUAAUAAUUAAACAGCGAAACCCUAACUGGAGGUGAGAGCAUGAGAGAGCAGAAUUAAAGAUACCACGAUUUUAACGAGAUAUUAUACGUACUUAGCUCUUUCUGAUCCAAAAACUCCAUGUAGCAUAUAUCACCGAGUGCCAAGACACAGAUGUGAAUGGCUACAGCCGGAUUUUUUGGAAUUAUAUGGGUGAAACAUAAUAAUAUAACAAGAGUUGCGAUGCAGAAAUCGCAGACAACAAGGAGUGGUUGAGAUUUUCUUUUUCAUAUAAUUAACCUGUGAUUUCUCUUUGUUUGGAAUGAUUAUUUAUCAUCUAACAUAUCAGGGAAAAUACGACAGUAACAGAAAAAAAAAAUACAAUGAAGCAAUAGUUACGAGGUAAAUACUCGUGACUUAUUUACAGACUCCAAUUUUUUCCAUUGCGACGUAAUUUGUUUAAAAGUUUAAAAUAUGCGAGUGAAUAAUUUUUAAGGUCAUUUAUUUUUUUAUUUUUAUUUUUUUCAACCAAAUAUUAGACAUCAAUUAAUGAUUCUAAGCUAAAAAUGACAGACAUUUCGACUAAAAAAUAUAAUUACUUACCUUCUCUUUAUGGCUAGGUUGAAACAAAAGAGGUUGCGACGUCUGGAAACGGGGUUUUCCAGGGUAAAACAGACAAAAAGAGUUCGGGGACUCAAUGCGCCAUUAAUCUGGUGUGGCAGCAUAUAGACAUAUUGUUCUAUCAAACACAACAGUUCUUUUGGCUUAAGAUACAGCAGUUUAUUUUAAAGAGGGGUGCAAGAGCAGAAACUGCUUUUUCAGCCGUGUCUGUGUUUUCUUCCAUAUACAUAGGUUGAGGAGCAGAAAGAAAGUGAUAGAGAUCCUCUCAAGAUAUAAAAAAAGGGUCUCAUUCAACUUGUUGUCAGUCAACAUAUUAUCACAAAUGUUAUGAAAAUAUUUUAUAAAGUUCAACCACUUAGAAAAUAGGUAGGGGUCUGAAAUGUCA